CGCCGCCGAGUCAGCCCUCCCAAGCCGUGCAAGGGACAUCGCCGAUGACUUGAUGAAAAAGUUUGCAUUUCUUUCUGGUGGCCGAGGAAAAGACAAUGGCUGGAUCAUAACACUUCCUGAAAAUUCCCAUUUCAACCAAAUGCCGGAAGAGGCUGUGACGAAAGUUUUAACAUACUUAACUUGGAUCCCAAGCCAACACAAAUCCGACAGCAAGUUUAUCCUCAUCCUGGACAGACGGCUGGAUACGUGGACGUCAGUCAAAAUGACUCUCCAAAGAAUAGCAGCCUCUUUCCCUGGCAACCUGCACCUUGUGAUGGUCCUGCGCCCCACUGGAUUUUUCCAGCGCACUUUUACCGACAUUGGAUUUCGGUUUAGCCAAGAGGACUUCCUACUCAAACUGCCGGUUGUCAUGCUGAGUUCGGUCAGUGACUUACUGACGUACAUCGACGAAAAGCAAUUGACGCCUGAAUUUGGGGGCACUUUGGAGUACUGCCAUAGUGAAUGGGUCAUCUUCAGGACGGCUAUAGAAAGUUUUGCCCUAACUGUGAAGGAAAUUGCCCAGAUGCUGCAGUCCUUUGGCAUGGAGCUGGCGGAAACGGACCUGCCAGAUGACACCUAUUCGAUUGAGCGGAUUGUGGCCCUGCGCACGGAGAAAUACUACCAGCUGAAGGCAAAUAUUACGGCUGUCACCAAAGAGGGCAACAUGCUUUUGGGUAGUUUGGAAGAGCCAGACAUGGAUGAAGCCAGUGAAGAGCAACCGCCGGAGAGGUCUGGGGACUGGGAGACCGUCAACCGGCUGCUCGCACAGUUGUAUGAGAUGGAAGCAGCUUUCGAUGGAUUCUGGGAGAAACAUCAGCUGAAGAUGGAGCAAUAUUUGCAGCUGUGGAAAUUUGAGCAGCACUUUCAAGAGCUCAGCAAAGCCAUUGAAUUUUUAAUGGACCGGCAAGGAGAACUUCCCGAUACCGGAGAUAACAUCUCUCAAGUAAAACAGAGGCUCUCAGACCUGGAUAACUUGGACAACAUGUCACAGGAUGUGUCAGGGAAGGCUCAAGUGGUGAUCCUUCAUGGGCACCAGCUGGCAGCCAACCACCAUUAUGCCCUCAACCUGAUCUGCCAGCAAUGUAAUGAGCUGCGGCACCAUUCAGACGUCUUGCUGGAGGAGAUCAAAAGGAAACACAACCGGCUCCAGAAGACCUUGGACCUCCUCACCUCCCUACAGCAGGCCCUGGAAUGCUGCGACGAAGGCGCGUAUCUUCUAGCCAACCAGCCGAUGGAUAAAUGCCAGUCCCGGGAAGGUGCCCAGAGAGCUCUCCAAGACAUCGAGAAGUUCCUCGAGAGCUCUGCGUUGCAUUUGGAUGCCAAUCCUCAGGCCCUGUACUCUGACUUUGAGCUCAUUUUAACGCCUGAACUCAAGGCCCGGAUCCAGACCGUCCAGAUCAAGCUCGAGAAUGUGCGCAGCAUGUUCGAGAACAGACAAGCGUGCUUCAAAAAGCUAACGGACAAGCAAGUGCGCCCUGUACAACUGGUAGCCCCACGUCCAGAGACCCUGCCCCGGUCGAAAUCCCCGCUGUUUUCUCCAAAACAUGGUGUAGAUUUUAAUUCCAGUUUGAAAUUUUCAUUUGAUAUCUCGCUGCCUGGGAAGAAAACGUCAAGGAAAUCUCAAAGCUCACGUAAGAUUGAAGUAAUGCACGAUUAUCAAGAGAAAAGGAAUUCCUUGCAGUACUGCAUUACAGAAAGUGAGGACAGUUUAGACGUAUUGAAAAGCCAUGUGAUAAAUGAGCUAAUAGAAACGGAGCGGGUGUAUGUGGAGGAGCUGUUCACCAUUCUGAUGGGCUACAGAGCGGAGAUGGACAACCCCACGAUGGCCUUCCUCUUGCCGCCCCUCUUGCAAAACCACAAAGACGUCCUCUUUGGGAACAUGCCCCAGAUUUACGACUUCCACAACAAGAUUUUCCUCCACCAUCUGGAGAGCUGCCUUGAAGCACCAGAGAGAGUUGGAUACUGUUUCUUGGAAAGGCGGGAGGAUUUUCAAAUGUAUGAGAAAUACUGCCAGAAUAAGCCGCGGUCAGAAUCUCUGUGGAGGCAGUAUGCAGAAAGCCUCUUCUUUCAGGAGUGCCAAAGGAAACUAGAGCACAAGCUGGGCUUGGAUUCCUAUUUGCUCAAACCCGUGCAACGGUUAACAAAGUACCAGCUACUUCUGAAGGAACUGCUGAAGUACAGCACAAGUUGCGAAGGUGUUCAGGAGCUCCGAGAGGCUGUGGUUGCCAUGCUGGAUUUGCUGAAGUCAGUCAACGACUCCAUGCACCAGAUUUCGAUAACCGGUUAUGAGGGCGACAUCGGCGAACUUGGCAAAGUGCUGAUGCAAGGCUCUUUCAGCGUGUGGACGGGCCAUCGCAAAGGCCCCACGAAGAUGAAGGACCUAGCCAGGUUCAAGCCCAUGCAGCGGCACCUCUUCCUGUACGAGAAAGCGCUGGUGUUCUGCAAAAAGAGGGAGGAGCACAGUGACAGCUAUGAGAAAACCUCCUCGUAUAGUUUUAAGCACUUCUUGAAAAUGAAUGCUGUUGGCAUCACUGAAAAUGUGAAAGGAGACCAUCGGAAGUUUGAGAUCUGGUACAGUGGCCGGGAAGAAGUCUACGUUGUCCAGGCUCAAACCGUCGAUCUGAAGAUGGCCUGGCUCAAUGAGAUCAGAAAGAUUUUGUUCAAGCAGCAGGAACUUAUCAAAGUUGAGAAGCAGCCACCACCUUCGUGUACAGACCAGAUCCAUCUUUCUCCUCCACUGAACGAUGGGAAACAACCAAGAGCCUCUGUAAGCUCAGAGGAGAAUGAUUCUGAGCGUACCAGCCCUGUAGCUUUGGACAGCAUUGCUUCCUCACCGCAGAACAAACCAAGCAGGCCUUGGCCAGGAAUGUCCCAUUCUUUGGAAAUCUGCGAAGGUCUCGGCGACUGGUCCAGCCACAACUACUUCUCAACAUGCUCUGACACCGAAGAAGAAGACGGGAAUCAGCUGUCCCCAGGGAAAUAUAAGGCCUUAGCCGAUUGCAAGAAGAGGGAUUCAGAGGAGUUGCUGGUGAAGAACGGGGAUGUGAUUCAGCUGUUGCAUGAAGAUGGAGAGGGACAGUGGCUGGUCAAAAACCUCAACCAAAGAAAAGAAGGAUGGGUCCCCGGCAACAGUUUGCAGUUAAUCCUUGGGGACUGUAGGUUUCGGAAUGCCAGAGUUGCAGACGCUGCCCUGUAUAAGAUGAGAAAAUUAAGCUCCCCCUGAAUUUAAAGGGAGAACUAAUCUCAUGUCUGUUUUGAAUGCUCCAGUGGCAGUUUGAAAUGGUUGUUCAAGAGCAAUUAUACCGUUUUUGGACAUCCACUGUACUAUCUAUCAUCCAUCAACACUUGCCGCACAUCACAGCUUCAUCAACAUUCGCCGUGACCAUCAAGGAAAACCAUUCUUUCCUGUUUUUCAUUGUUUUCUCCCACCAAUGGAAAAUACAACACCAUUUUGUUCAGACACGGGGGGUGGAAUUUCCCCCUCCUCCCCAUGACAUCCAUGACGACUAAUUUAGUAGUUUUCUGGGCUUUUGAUAAGGUGAUUGAUGCUUUUUCUUGCAGGCACGGAAAAAAACAUUCUCGUGGUUGGUAGGUUCGUUUGGGUUUAGACCAAACGAUAGUCGUUAUAAGGUAGAUUUUCUUGUUCAGUUGAUUUUUAUUUUUUCUGGAAUGAGCGUGAAUAUAUUCCAGUAACAUCAGCAUAAGGCCAUCUUUGGGGCUGGAUGAUGCGUGGCAAUUCAGUCAUGUUGGGAAGGGAGCAGGGUCUCCUUUUGCACUAAGGGUCUGGUCCAGAGCUCAUAAUGUCUAUAGGCUGUGGUUCAAGAUCUUAUUGAUGGUCAACUCAGGAUUGUCAAAACUCGCUCUGGGUUCAUCUGUGCGCCCAGGCUAUCGAGUGAAGUGUCCAAGUUUACAUUGUCACUUUUGGGAAACACACGUGCCAUAACUGAGAGUUCGAUAUUCACAUUUGCACUAAAAGGUAAUGUUCUUGUUUGUGAUGACUGUACUCUGCAACAUCUGUAUUGAGAAUGACUUAAUGUUGAGAUGGGUGUAGUAUGUCUUCUCUCUCUCUUUUUUUCUUUUUUUUAAAAAAUGACGUUUACAUAAUUUAUUUCCUAUUUUGUUUCUUUGUUCACCCACACCCCCUAUGGUGCUUCCAUGUCUAUACACUUAAUUAUGCGCCUACAUAGAAUGUGCACAAAUCUAAAUUCUGAUGGCAUCCAUAAAGACAGGGUAAGCGUUGUGAUUGGACCACUCACAACAGCCUGAGGCAGGGAAUCAGUUGCAUGCAUGCAAACAAAAACAAAAACAAAACAACAACAACCCAGGCUCAGUAAACUGGUGUUAAUUUUUUUCUUAGAUGCCACAGAAGGGAAAUGGAUCCUUAAAA